AAUGCUUUGCCGCUUGACCCAAUCCACCGACUCGCCGAUCGGCCGAAGCCGCUCCUGCCUGUUGAAGAGCCGAAAGGUGAAUCACAGAGAAGCUGCUGACGACUUCGUCACAUUUUUUUACCCCAUCUUUCACCCCUUUUCCCUUCUGACUUGAUCCUGUGCCGGGAGAAAUAACAUUACUACCCACCAGCUUGGACAGGAAUCUUCGCUGUCAUGCUGCGAAGCAUCCCUCGACAUAUCCCUCGCCGGGCCACUCCGGUGAGAUCCUCCGUGUUUCUGGCCAAACCCUCCGCCAGGGCGAGCCAGCGCUUCUUCUCGGCCACUGUCGCAAGCAGGAUGGCGUCCCUGCCGCCCGUCAGCCCUCCCGUGUCGACUGCCCUCCCGUCCGAUUCCUUCCAACUCCUCCCUGAAGCCGAGAAGGCCGGAGCGGCAGAAGACGCACUCUACGAGCAACAGCUCAAGGAUGUCGAGGCAUGGUGGGCAUCCCCGCGGUACGAGGGCAUCAAGCGCCCAUACAGUGCGGCAGAUGUCGUGUCAAAGCGUGGCUCGCUCCAGCAGUCGUACCCGAGCUCCGUGAUGGCUCGGAAGCUGUGGGACUUGCUCCGGGAACGUGGGGCAAAGGGAGAGCCCAUCCACACAAUGGGUGCGAUCGACCCCAUCCAGAUGACCCAGCAGGCUCCUCACCAAGAGGUCCUGUACCUCUCGGGCUGGGCAUGCUCCUCGGUCCUGACGACGACGAACGAGGUGUCGCCCGACUUUGGCGAUUACCCCUACAACACGGUGCCCAACCAGGUGCAGCGCAUGGCCAAGGCGCAGUCGAUGCACGACCGCAAGCAGUGGGACGCGCGGCGGAAGCUCACGGCGGAGCAGCGGGCGCAGACGCCGUACAUCGACUACAUGCGGCCGAUCAUCGCCGACGGCGACACGGGCCAUGGCGGGCUGUCGGCGGUGCUGAAGCUGGCCAAGCUGUUUGCCGAGAACGGCGCGGCGGCGGUGCACUUUGAGGACCAGCUGCACGGCGGCAAGAAGUGCGGCCACCUGGCGGGCAAGGUGCUGGUGCCGACGGGCGACCACAUCAAUCGCCUGGUGGCGGCCCGCUUCCAGUGGGACGUCAUGGGCGCCGAGAAUCUCGUCAUCGCCCGUACCGACUCCGAGUCCGGGAAGCUCAUCUCUAGCGCCAUCGACGUGCGCGACCACGAGUUCAUCCUCGGCGCCACUGAUCCGGCCCUCGAGCCCCUCGCUGAGACCAUCCAGGCGAUGGAGGCCCGGGGCGCAUCCGGUGCCGAGAUCGACGCCUUCGAGGCCAACUGGGUCAAGAGCACCAAGCUCGUGACCUUUGACGAGGCCGCCGUCGCCCACCUGCGAUCUCAGGGCGUGCCCGACGCCAAGAUCGCCGAGGGCUACACCGCCAAGGUAGAGGCCGACCGCGACCUGGGCGUAACUGCCCGGCGCGCCCUGGCCGCCUCCCUCACCCCCUCCGGCGCGCCCCCGGUCUACUGGAGCUGGGACGUGCCGCGCACGCGCGAGGGCUUCUACCACUUCCGGGCGGGCAUGCCUGCGGCGACGAAGCGGGCCAUCGCCUUCGGCCCUUACGCGGACCUGCUGUGGGUGGAGACGGGCGACCCGGACGUGGGCGUAGCCACGGCGCUGGCGCGGGCGGUGCGGGCUCGCCACCCGGGCAAGGGACUCGUGUACAACCUGUCGCCGUCGUUCAACUGGAUGGCGCACGGGUUCACGCCCGAGACGCUGAGGGGGUUCGUGUGGGACAUUGCGCGCGAGGGGUUCGUGCUGCAGCUGGUCAGCCUGGCGGGGGUGCACAGCACAGCCACCAUCACCAACGAGCUGGCCAAGGGGUUCAAGACGGACGGCAUGGCUGCGUAUGUGGAGCUCGUGCAGAGGCGGGAGAAGGAGCUUGGGUGCGACGUGCUCACGCACCAGAAGUGGAGUGGCGCGAGCUAUAUUGAUGGGAUACUUGGGGCGAUUCAGAGCGGGAGUAGCGGGAGCAAGAGCAUGGGGGAGGGAAAUACUGAGGGCCAGUUUGAAUGAGUGGCAGUCUAGUUUUGCAUUUUGUCCGUAAAAGCAUUGGGAAAGGCGUCUUGUGGUCUUAACUGGAUAGACUUAUCGACCAUUCAUGUAUAUACUACGUAUAUUGUAGUAUAUAUGUCAUCUUGCUAUGUUACUGAAGCCGAGUCCGGACCGGGGCCACAGUGCAAUACUCGAUGCGUGCUCUACCACGGCGGGACUGGAAAAGCAUGUCGCAGUUACUAAAUAGAGGGAAAGGCGAUACAGGCGCAGGUUCAUUGCAUCCUGACACCUGUCCCAGUUUCUAUCUGGGCUGAC